AUGACAACACAGGCGGUUAAGGAAGGUGAAGAAUCGGUGAGUGAGUUGAUCCUACCAGCGGCUUACUGGAGCUUUGGCAUCUUCGGAAGCUACUCGUGCACAGCGGAGAAUCGAUUGGGCAAAGCAACCGGCUACGUUCGGCUAAAGCUGGCCACCCACCCUCAAUGUCCAAACGUCACUGCUUGCACAGUGGAGGCUACACUAGUAGAAUUGUGCGUCAUUCCGCCGAAGGAGACGGGGGGACUACCGCUGACUCACUACGAACUGCGCAUCCAGCCGUCACCAAAUGAGCGUUUUCACGGUCCUUUCGCUUAUCUGCCAGGUCGAAGAGUCGUUCGAUUACCGGAUCUCACACCGAAUCACUUCUACAAAUUCGCCUUGUCCGCUGUAACCUCUGCGGGUCGUGGGCCGAAUACGUACAUCCAGGUCGAGACUAGAAAAAUUGGUGUACCAAAGUUGAAGUUAAUUGCAACAAACUCGGAUGUGACCUCGUCAGACUACUUGGUGCGGUGGAUUCUUGAAUCGGAUGGUGGAUCUCCGGUCAUCAUGUACAAAAUUAAAAUUCGCCCAGUUGAGGCCUCUUGGGGACCAGUACAAAAGCAUUUAACACCGUUGGGUUCUUGGACAGUCUUUGACGUGCUGUCUCAAGAUGCAGACAGAAGAACGCGUCAUGGAGUGGAGGGGAUGUACCGGAUCAAAAGCCUUCAACCGGGCACUUCUUACGAAGUCAAUCUGGUUGGUCAGAACUCCGUGGGCCAAUCAAAUCCCUACGUGGUGGUGCUCCAGACCUCAGAGUUGAUUGGGACCUCGGGGAGGCUCCUAGGCGAGCCGAUAAAAAAUAUGUUGGAGGAGGAGAGAGCGAAAUAUGAAAAUGGCAAGAAGUUUCUGGCACGGCUAAUGGGACAGGAUCCGUCAACAUUCAAUCAGGAACAAAUUGACGAAGCUAUUCGUUAUCUUUUUCCCUCUGGCCUUCAAUCUAGAAAAGCUCAUCCGAAGCUUAAGCCUCCAGAAGAGGUUUAUCCAGAGAAGAAAAAAAUUCAGUUUGAUAAAACUGGCAGACCGUUUCAUGAUCUCUUCUACACAGGCAAACCGGCGUAUUAUGAAGUUAUGCACAAAGCAACUGCCCUAAUUGAAGAGCUAAAUGGCAAAUUUGAUCGAGGCUACAUUGAUCGCGAUUACACGGCUUUUAAAAAUCCGAGACCUUUAGUCGUGGCGGCUAGUGAAUGGUUCACAAAAGAUCAGCUAAGUCGGAAGUUGCUGGAACCCGUCACUGACACCAUGUAUGAGGACUGGUUGAGACUGAUGAAUGCUCUCCUGAAGCAUCCUCUAGCUUGGCAUGCUGAAAGCUUCAUCCAUUCGUACCGCGCUUCUGUUCAAGAAGCGGUCUCGAAAGAAGUUUUUCCUGAACCCCAGGUCGAUCCCGAAACAAACUACCGAUACGUUGACACCUACGGCCAGAAGAAGCACGCCUUUGUGGAGUUAAGAAUGACCCAUCCAGGUGCAGGAAAAUUCAUUAUUAAUGACAAACGACUUCUCGAAUUCUUUCCUCACCUUGGUGAUCGCGAGCAAAUCAUGUUUCCACUACAAUACACCGGCAUGCUAGGCGCAGUGGACGUGGUGGCGCGAGUAUCUUCGGACACCGAGACUGGUCACAGUUCGAAAGCGAACGCACUGCGAUUAGCCUUAGCGCGGGCACUGGCCUGCUUCCUUCCUGGUGACUCCGGUCACAAUCGACUGCGCGCGGCAGGCCUGCUGACCCAGGACGACCGCUUCAGCGAACGCAAGAAGCCAGGACAGAAGAAGGCGCGCAAAAAGCCCAUUUGGAAGGCACGUUGA